AUCCCUCCUUCCUGCAUCCCUCCUUCCUGCAUCUCUCCUUCCUGCAUCCCUCCCUCUGCCAUCCCUCCCUCCCGCAUCCCUCCCUCCAUCCCUCCCUCUGCCUGUGCGGAGCUGCGGACAUGGCUCUUAGCAAUUUCCUCUUUGCUCAGUGCAUCUGCUACUUCCUGGCCUUCCUCUUCAGCUUCAUCGUGGUGGUGCCGCUGUCUGAGAAUGGCAACGACUUCCACGGCCGAUGCCUGCUCUUCACCGAGGGCAUGUGGCUCAAUGCCAACCUCACCGUGGAGCGGCAGCGCUUCACUGUGCAGGAGUGGGGGCCCGAGGCCGCCUGCCGCUUCAGCAUCUUCACCGGGCUCCUCUCUCUGCUGCUGGCUACAGUGCAGGCCUGGCGGACCCUCUUCUUCCUCUGCAAAGGGCACGAGGACUCUUUCUUUUAUGCCUUCCUGAAUCUGCUGAUCAGCGCGUUUGUGGUGUUUAUCACGUUUAUUGCUAGCACUAUAGUGAGUGUAGGAUUUAACAUGUGGUGUGAUGCAAUUACUGAAAAAGGAAGCAUGCCAAAUAGCUGUGAAGAAUUACAGGAUAUAGAUCUUGAACUGAACUUAGAAAACUCUGCUUUCUACGACCAGUUUGCUGUUGCACAGUUUGGUCUGUGGGCUGCCUGGCUGACUUGGCUGGGAAUCACCAUUCUGGCUUUCCUGAAAGUAUAUCAGAACUACAGACAAGAGGACCUGCUAGAUAGCCUGAUCCAUGAGAAGGAGCUGUUGUUAGGAAGAUCCUCUUCACGAACCUCUUUGCAAGAUGAGAAAAGUGCCAUGAUCUAAAGUGUAAGCAAAUUUCCAGGGCAGGAUCUAGAAUUUAUUAUUCAGUAGUGCAAGAUGAUGUUGAGUCAGUGUAUUGAGUGUGUGAGAUCUUUUCUCUCCUGAAAAAAAAGAUAUACUUGUCAAUCACUCACUUCCUCACUGAAAAAUUCUUGGCAGAAGUAUUUAUGUUAGGAUACAGAGAACAAACUGCCAUGUGUGCCUUUUGGCACAGCAAAAUUUCUGUCCUGCACAGGCAGGGAGCAGCACAGCCUGUAAUCUGCUGUUGCUAGCAGUGCUCCUGUGUGCUAUUGCUGCCUUUUGGGGCAGUGACCAUUUUUGAGGACCAUGCUGGCAAGAGCAGGCUACAGAGCCUAGGCUAUUCCUCCAAACGAUUCUGCAACAGCAACUAUAACUGGAGCUGUGACGAGGCCCUCUUCUCUCCAUCUCUUCCCUUUUGACAGUAAAUCUGCCCCAUUCUCACGUUAUUCUGAGCGAUUGCAGCUCUGGUCCAGGUACAGGCUCUUGCUGUCUCUGCUUUUGCUAUGUGUGGACACUGUGCUGUUGCUCCUGCUCUGAUUUUGAGUUUGUUUGGAACAUAAAACCUAUGUUGCAGAUGAUAUUUAUUGUUAGACGGUUUUAAUGAAUUUCAU